UGGAUAAAUGUGUGCUGUUUGAGUUUUUUGGUGCUUGAGUUAAUUAUAUUGUGUGCUUGUGUUUUCUGAAUGAGAACAUGGUUAAACCUGUGAAAAAUGAUGGCCUUUUUUGUGUUUUUUGCAGAAGAGUUCUGUGCUCUCUAUAUAUCUGGCCAAGGAUGCUUUGUUUUAUCCUGCUAUCCCGUUCCCCACAUGCUAUAUUACACUAUGUAUAUUUUAAAAUACACAAACCCCCCAGCCGCAUGCUGGUGCAAACUCAUUUAUGAGGCAUUUUAAAGAGGAAGUAACAUGACAAGAGGAAGGAUGCAUUUUAUACAUUGUACUUGUGUGCUUUUGCAGUUCGCAGAAAUAAAGCUACUAAGAACAUUGUGAAGCGGUUGACUUGAGAAAACGAUUUGUGAAACACAUUUAAAAUGCAGAUCAUCUCAACUUGUACAAUCCUCUUUAUUUUGAUAUUAAAUACAUUGUGUACAGGCCAAGUAAACAAUGACUGGAACAUCACCUUCAAUCCACCAGAAGUUACUGCAGUUGCAGGAUUAUGUGUUCUCAUUUCAUGUACCUUCACUUAUCCAGAUGAAGCAAAACUUAGUAAUGUUCUGUGGAAUGAGUGUAAUAAAAAAGGAAACUGUAAGAAUGAAAUAUUCAACUUAAGAUAUGUGACAGAAGAAAAGGUGAAUGGGACUAAAGAAAAGAAAAACAUUAAACCAGGACGGAUUGAGAUGCUUGAACCUGAUCUGACCAAAAACAACUGCAGCAUCAUCAUGAAAACCAUAACAGCAAGUGAUAAAAAAGAAUAUAUGCUCAGACUGGAGGAGUCUGGUCGAAACACAUAUAACCUCACAGUAAAGAUCAUAAUCCAAGAUGAGCCUAAAAUGGAGGUUCCUCUUCUCAGAGAAGGACAGGAGGCCAAUCUGACAUGUUCAGCUCCUUUUCCUUGCCCUGAAUCUCCUCCUAAAAUAACAUGGUGGAUCAAGACAAGAGAGGAAAACAUCAUGGAUCUAAAGGAUAACAUCAUUCUGACCAACUCCAAAAGCCUUUACCUCUCAACGUUGACCUUAACUCCAACCUCUGACCUGCACAAUGCCACUGUAACAUGUGAAGUGAGCUACGGAAGCAAAAACAUCAGUACAAGUAGGACCCUCGAAGUCAUGUGUGAUACAAAUAAACUGAAAAUGAACAGUCCUGGAAGUGAAAACAUGCCACUGAAUGACACCACAACAAAAACUACAGAAACUCAAGGUAUAAAAGAUUUCUUUAAGAAUCUGACCGUCUCAACGAUACUCACAUUUGUGGUGGGAAUGGUGUGUUCAGCGCUCAUCUUCUCAAUGGUUUUGUGUUGUUGGGUGUCUUGCCACAGAGGCAAACACAAAGUGCCAACUGCAAAUCUGGACACUGAAGUCAAUUUGGAGAUGGUGCAGACAGACGUAGCUCAGACUGGAACCAAUGAGCAAACACCUCUUCAUGGACAGCUUAAUGGAGGGAACCCAAACACGGCUGAACCGACAGACAGGGCAGAGGUAGACGAAGCAGUCGGGAUGGAAGCAGGAGAGGUCGACUACGCCAGCAUCGACUACUCCCUUCUAAAGGACCGACCGCCUGAGGAGCAAGAGACGGAACCUACAGACACAGACUACGCUGAGAUCAAGAGGGACAGGAGAGGAGAUGGGAAGGAAAGGGAAGUCCUUCAGGAUGGAGAUGACCAGCUUGAAACACCCAACCAGAUGGAUGGAGAGGAGGAACUUUAUUCCAACUCACAGGAGCUGAAAAGUUAAGGAACUACAGUCUUAACUACACCCAACAAUAUUACAAUUUUUAAGAUAAUGUUUAUAUAUUAAGUUCAGUUGCUUAAGAAGUAUAGAAUGUAUUAUUUUUGAGCUUUUAUGUGUCUAACUUAAUAGUUGCAUAAAAUUUCAUUAGAUUAUUCUCCAACAUCUGUUUAUUUGUUUUAAAUGUGUGAAAAUAUUAAUUUCCCAUUUUCUUUCAAGUUGUUGUUUUUUUUGGUCUGUUUUUUGUAUAAGGUUUCUAAUAUGCAUUUAAGGAAGUUCGAGCUUCCUGCAACCGCUGCAAAUAUUUUUUAUGUAAACUAAAUAAAGUUUCAGAUAGUUA